GCCACACUAGUCCACAAAAUUGACAAAUUGUUCGUUUUGGUCGAACGAAUUUAGUUAACAUUAAAUUAAGGCGAAAAAGAAGGCAUUCAAAAUGCGCACAGUGCUACUGAGCAAAGCGGACGAGGUGUACCUGGAGAAAUGCGCACAGGAGAACCAGUUCUCGUACGGCAUCAUUGUGGGCCAUCAAGCAGACCUCAGCAAGAGCGUGGUGGUGCACUUGGCCCGGAAUAACGAAGAGGACGCCGACCUGGAGGACCUGACCGAUGUACGCCUUACCAUCGGCGAUAUCAACGCACAGGCGUUGGCCUCACAGUGGCUGAGCGCCAGCAAAAUGUGUCCCGGCUCCUUUGACGUCAUCGGAAUUUUUGUAUCUUCUUCAAGUCCCGAUGUUUCAAAUGAGAAAAGCGACGAUUUUAAGAAUGCCAAAAAGCUGUUCUCGGACAUAUACGACUUGCUCCUGAAAAGCAACAGCUCCUUUGGUGUGUACACCACCGACAUUGCACAGACUGAUUUCGUAUUCCUUGCGUAUUCGCUGGUCGACAAGAAGGUGCUCUGCAAGAACUACAGCUACGGCAAUGGCGGCACUUUUUCCAACAUGGAUCACAGGUUUGUGGACAAGCCCUUUGAAUGGAUUCAGCUAGAGAGCACCUACGACCUGGACGAUGUCCUGCCCAUACUGGAUGCGUCGCGACGGGUAAACAUUGAGGAUCAGUUUCAGAACAUUAUUAAGGCGGUGCGCAGGAAUCUACUGGCCAGCGAGGUGUUCCUGCAGAACGAGAUAGUCGAGGACACCAUCGAUCUGCAGGCCUACAUUAAAAAGAAACGCACCAAAGCGGACAAGCUAAACAAGCCCUCAUCGACUGGUGGUGGUGGGUCCGUCUCAGCGGGCAGCACUGCCUCGGGCUCCCUUCCAGAGCUGGCCUCAGAUACAGGGAUUAUCAGUGACUCCAUUCGGGCGAGCAUAGUGCUCCCGGUAAAGUGCCAGCUGAGCAAACCGUCGGACAUCAAGGUGCGGGAAUUCCAAGGCACACUCCGCAUGAGCGGCAUCAUUGCGUCGAAGGUCUUCUGCAGUCCGCGGAACAGUAUAGCGGAUGUGAAGCGUUUCCUGCGGGACGACGUGCUGCGCUCCCUCAUCACACGUAUUCAGGUUUACUGCGAUGGCCUCACGGAUCCGUAUGUAAACAACGAAGCCUUGUACGUAAGCGAACCCCCGAGAAGGGUAUUUUUCAACCUACCCACGGAAACCCCAUCUACCGGAGCCACAGUUCAGUUCUCUGAAUAUCUGUUCCGUGGAGAAGCCCCCACGGUGGCGGUGGCCCAAGCCAAACAAAUCCUAGAUGUGGAACUGGACCCAGAAACCAUUUCCGUAGAGGCCGAGGGACUGCCGGAUGACUCGAACUUUACCAAUGGCGCCAAUGCCGGCGUUGAUCGCACAGACGAUUCCCGGACUCUGCUCAGUUCGAUGCCAAAGCCAGAGUUAUCGCGCAGCCUCUACAUGCUGGGCAUUGCGGUGGCCCUGCUGAUUCUACUGUCAUCUGUGGUCCUGCACUACGUCCUAGGCGAUCGGUAGACACAACUGUCCUGUAGUUCUUUAUACGAAAAGAUGUUUUUUAUACGGAUACAUUAUUUGCAUGUGCAAGUGCCUAGGCACUCACCUCUCUCUUGUGAUCGUUUGUUUUUAUAAUCCAAUGUGUGUACUCGUAGUAGGUAAAAAAAAAAGAGAAAUGAAAGUGUUUAGGGAUCACGUUAAAUAGUUUUAUUGUGGAAGCAAAACUGUGCAGCAUUUAACACCAAUAAUAUAAAAAACUAAUAAGUAAAAGUA